AGCAAGCACUUGAAUUUUCAAAAUGGCGUCUGAUUUAUACUGUAUUUGUCGUAAACCGUACGACUAUAUGCAGUUUAUGAUUCAAUGUGAUGCAUGUGAUGAUUGGUUUCACGGAGGGUAGGUAUUUAUCUUUAUUUUCAUCGCAUCAGCUUAUCCCCAAGUGCUAAUUUCAAGUUAGGAAACGUGAUUUAUUUUUGUCUAUAGAUGUGUUGGUAUAGAAGAAUAUCAGGGGAACGAUAUUGAACGAUAUCAUUGUCCAAGAUGCGCUCCGAGAUAUGGCCCGUUGACAUGUAAGAAAGACAGUUUAAUACUUCUAGUUUUCCUCGUAAAAGCUCCACAGAUGUCGGCUUCUUCCUUUAUAGCUAGAAACGCCGUGCUAUUCGGGACUAUUUAUUUAAAGUUAUUUCAUAAAUGGUUUUGCUAUUGUGACAGUGGAGGGCAUUAUAUUGUUUACAAUUUUCACAAGAUGUCGUCUCGGUUCUUGCCCGCUGACGUGCGGAUUUUAUAGAAAAAUACCUCUAGUUUAGCAGAGAAAACAUAUCGGAUAUCUAAAGCUUUUCCCUCUGGCUAGCCAGCUUGUAAUUCUUUCCAAUAUUUGCGGUUGUUUUUAGUGUAUAAGUUCUCGCUAUGUAAACAAAUCGAUUUUCACUUAAACAUUGCACUUUAAAGAUCAUAUGCGCUGAUAUCCUAUAACUUUCUUUUUUAACCGAUUUGCCUUCUAAAAUAAGGGGAAAACCAUUGAUUGUUGAACACGUACUUGUAUAUACUACACAUUUCCGUUACAAAACACAUGGCCACAAAUACCUUUGUUUAAAAUUCGCACCCAAACGGUAACAUGCUUAAUAUAAACAUAUAUUUACUUUAAAAAUAAUAUGUGCUGCAAAUAUUUUUGUAUUUGUAUUUUUGUAUUUGUAUUUUUGUUUUUGAGUGUAAAGCUGUAAAGAUCAUGCAAUUUAAUGCAGGUUCUACAUGGGGUAUGAUCUGAUUUAAUUUUAAAUUUGCAGUGAUAAUGACAUUUACUGCAAAUCGUAGUAAAUUUUUCAUCUGUUUAUUUCGUAAUCUCAUUUGGACUAUGUGAAACCUAUUUUGUGAUUCAAGUGUGUUUUACAGUAACACCGUGGGCAAACAUCUGCGCAUUCGUCAACAUUACUGAAAUCUGUAUUGCGAACGUGAUGUCGAGUGUCUUGAAGGUUGCCAAAAACUCAAAAUGGAAGUGACAAGGAGCGACUUUGAUAUUUUGCCUUUUCUAUGAAAAUGCAGGCGGAAUAAUGAACAUGACGGCCUAAAAACUAAAAAUAAUUAUAGUCUACAUGUGCAAGAAGUAGUAUUAUGCAAGAAAAUAAACCAAAGGUGACUGUCGAUAAAUUUAUUGUAUAAAAUGGUCUUUAACUGAACCAUACAAAGAUAUUUUUUCGUAGGUUCAUAUGAUCCGCAUUUUUGUCAAUAACUUUUUCGUUUUCAGGCACGAUGGACGGAAACCAGGGCAGCCUGUGUUUGUCUAAUUCAUUUGUUUUAAAUUUAAGGGAAAAGGCAAGAAAAUUUUCAUCGACAUGACUAUAGUGACAACAAAGCCGAAUGCAAAGUGAGUUUUGUAAUUUAUUAUGAUGCAUAUUGUGGAAUCCUGUAGAACAUCAAAUGGGCUGCUAGAAGUUAGAUCAAUUUUUCGAUAAAUAUCAAUAAACAGUGAGUUAUAUCAUGGAUAAUAAAAUAAAUGGAUAGGAAACUAGUGUUUCUGACCUAAUGUUUUCAAUGGGCUGAUGGCGUGAUUGGAUGUUGAAACCUAGUUGCAAACCAAAUUCUCAAAAACGGCAUGUUUAGCAAUAAUACAGCUAAACAUUUUAGUCAAAGAGCAAAUAAAUAUAACUACGCCAUUCCACGAUUAAAUCGCUAAGAAUUCCCAGUCAAUUUUAGCAAAUAUUUCAAGCACUAAACAGUGAAAAAGGCAUCCCAAAUUUCGUUAAAAUUGGGGACGCCAAUUUCGUAGCUACAAAUGUAAAAAAUACAAAACAAAGACGAAAAACAUUUACCUUGAAUACUUUGUCGUGGCUUAGGCAUGUUUUUAAAACAAUUAGACCAGUUUAUGCUUCAAUAUUACUCUUUUAAAGCGGAAAGUAUAGCGAAACAACAAAAAUGCCGAGAACUUUGCAAUACGUGUGACGUCACAGAUUGCAACUAGGUCAUAGAUUAUAGAUCAUACCAGAUGUCUCACUGUGGAUCUAUCCCUAUGAUUUUCAUGUCCGCGAUUUUCACGAGGCUAUCACGCCAGAUGAUGCGUGCGACACUUACUGCCAAAAUGGCGCUUACUGCCAAAAUGUGUGAUUGCUCACCUUUCAUGGCGUGGAUUACACUUACUGCCAAAAUGGCGGCCAACACGUGCUCAUAACAAUCGCGGACACAAUUUUGGCUGAGUGAGACAUCUGGUAUGAUCUAUAAUCUAUGACUAGGUUGUUUUUGCUUACGUCAGCUAGAGUCCUAUCUAUUUAUUUUAUUAUCCAUGGUUAUAUUAAUUUAACUUUUGUCAACCGUUUAUGAGUUGGUUUCAAUUUGCUAGGCUGUUCAAGCAGGGACUGCUGUGUUUAUAAAGCAACUGAAGACAAAGCAAUUUGCAAGGUAAGAUUACAAUAUAUGAACCUCCAAUUUUUGCAUCUACUGAUUUUCAAUCAGUAGAAACAUUGCCAGGACGACGUCCGUCCAUGGAUGUCAGAAACAGACAAGUGAUGAUGUAUUGAUGACGUAUCGAUGUAAUGCAUUGCGAGCAUAGAAAUUGCGAGCUAAAGUCGGUUAUCUAUGGUUAGUUCCGCUGUUGUCCAUAAAUGGUUUUGUUAAUAACAUGUCAAUGCGACGUUUGUGCUAUGACCUCAAUCAGUGGCUAUGACUCUGGAAAUGCCAGAAAUUAAUUCCAAAGGCCAGAGUACACAUCUAUGUUUUUAUCUGCCCAAUGCCUUUUAUUUCGCGGUGCUACUAUUCAGUAGAUGCAUGUCCGCCAUAGCGGACCUAUGUUUAUACUUGUCAACCAGGCCUUACAAAAUGUCUGAUGACUAAGUCGGAAAUAAGUCUGAAUGACACAAAUUAAUAUCAGCACAAUGCAUCAAUUCUGAACGGUAAAUGUUGUGAAGAUAUUAAAUUAUAAUUUGUGUCAUUCAUACUUAUUUCCAAGCCAAAAAUAACUAGCUUACAAGAACAGCGGUAAGACUUCGACAACUUAAGCCCGUUUUCCUCUUCUCAAUUACAUUCAAACAACAUUUCUGGUUCACUUUUUAUACAAUACUCUGAUUCUCCAUUUACAGUCAAACCGGAUGUUCUCUUGCGAGCAAUAUUGUCCCACAAUAUUGCAAUUUUGAUAGGCAGAUUGCUCUGAGCAAUUUGCAACCGACGCAAACAAAUUGCAAGUUGAAAUUCACAAAAGAUUUGUAAACAAAGCCUGAUUGGACUAUAAGAAAAAGGGAAGCCAAUCAAAUAGUCUGAGCAACUGGAUUGGUACUUCCCUCUUUCUUAUAGUCCAAUCAGAGGCUUUGUUUACAAUUGUUUUUGUGAAUUUCAACUUGCAAUUUGUUCCUGUAGGUUGCAAAUUGCUCAGAGCAAUCUGGCUAUCAAAAUUGCAAUAUUGUGGAGAAUAUUGCAAUGUUGCUCACGAGAGAACAUCCGGUUUGACUGUAACAUACUGUACAACCCUCUAGUCCUGGACUAGAGUAGAAUUUGAUUUACGUCGGAUCAUAGCCUAUCGAAGGGGAGAUGGGAAUAACAGUAUAACUCAUCUAUGUUAGUCAACAUUUAUUCAUAAAUCUGGUCCUUUCACCGUCUUGUAUUUUUAUCAAAUCCACCAAUAGCAAUUUCCAGUUUUCCUAUGGACGACUUGCGCUUUAGAAAAAAUUUUAAUCUGGGAAUAGACCCUUUUCAUAAAUGGCUGCCGAUUAAAAAUUCUUCUAUGUGCAUAUAAAUUGGCCCAACUAGCCUCGUUUCUGGGUAGAAAUUCCUUUGAAAUCUUAACAUGAGUACGAGGCUAGUUGGGCCAAUUUAUAUGCACAUAAAAGAAUUUUUAAUCGGCAGCCAUUUAUGAAAAGGGUCUAUAACAAAGGAUAUUUUCGGAAAGAAGUUAUCAAAAUUAGAAAAACUGCAAAGUUGGCAAAUUUGUAUACAUUUCUAUUACGUGCGGAAAUUGGUAACUAAUUUAGUUACCAAUUCACACACGUAAUACAAAAGUAUACAAAUUUGCCAACUUUGAAUGGCUAUAUUUUCCGUAUUUUACAACAUUUCGCAACCAAACUUUGUAAUAUUACUAAUUCCAAGACGGUCUUUCCAACUGUGGUGAUAGAUUUUGUUGUUCUUACUUAGAUUAAAAUUUAGUCUAAAGCGCAAGUCGUCCAUUGUUCGAGUCACAGAUAGGUGACUUUCCUAAAACAUUGCAAUUGGUUAGUUAGGUAAAAAUACAAUACACAUGUGACGGUGAAGGACCAGAUUUAUGAAUAAAUGUUGACUAACAUAGAUAAUGAGUUAUAUUGUUAUUCUAAUGAGUUUCACAGCCAUCUCCCCUUCGAUAGGCUAUGGUCCGACAAGGCUACAGUUCGGUCGGACAGCAAUACACUCGGGUCGGACUGAAUGUCCGGUGGUUUCCUCACUACAUCAGACAAUUCCACGAAUGGGUCGGACAAUGUCUGUGACCGACCGAUAUUUUUAAGCCUGAAUCAACUUAUUUCAAUGUAUUAUUUAUUUGAUCAUUUUCAGUUCCGAGGGUAUUUUGCUCAAGUGUCGAGGGAAAGAUCUGACGUUGGAUUACUUUGCGAAGAAAGGGUUCAGAAAACCUAUUUUUGUUGAAGCUAAGGAUGGCCUUGGUUUGGUCGUCCCCAAGACUUCGUUUUCCGUCACAGAUGUACAGCAAUUUGUCGGUUAGUUGUUGACUGCCGUAUUAAAAAAUCACAAAAUCUGCAUUAUCCAACAAUUAAACCCUGAAAGUUUUGGACAAGUUGGCUCUCUUGUUGUUUUGACUAUGUCUUUGGGCUAGCUCCCAUUGAUCUAGGCAAGAAGAACAAAAUCCAUCACCACAGCUAGAAAGAGCAUGUUAAAAUUAGUAAAAUUGCAAGGUUUGGUUGCAAAGUGUUGUAAAAUGAGGAAAAUAUAGCCCUACGAAACUUGUACAUCACUUUCGGCCCAAAUGUGGUGCAUUUUCCCUGUGCAUAAUGCAAAUUAAUACAAAAUUUCGCAGGGCUAUAUUUUCCGCAUUUUACAACAUUUUGCAACCAAACGUUGCAAUUUUACUAAUCUUAACAUGCUCUUUCUAGCUGUGGUGAUGGAUUUUGUUCUACUUGCCUAGAUCAAAAUUUAGUCAUAGCUGGAAUUGCUUAUUGUUAAUUUUAUGGUAUGUUUUCUUCAAUUUUAGGCCCAAACUUUGAACUAGAUAUUAUUGACGUUGCACGACAGGUAAUUGACAUUUAGAACUCCAUCAUUUCCGAAUUUAAUCAUGACCGAUAAUCUGUCUCUGAUAUAAAUGAGGCCAGUAUUAAUUAGGCCAAAUUAAAAAAAAAUACUUGGUUAGCGUCACACUCUCGCAAAUUUUCAGUGGCGGGCGGGUUUUUUAAAAAAUUUUUAAUCAUUUAAAAAAAAUUUUGAUAGUAUUUUUUGGGGGGAUGGGGCGGUUUUUCCACCGUAUCGGUGAAAUUUUUUGUACUGAUGUUGCGAAGGCCGCCAUUUUGAUUUACAGUAAGAACCUUGUACACCCAAGUCUAUGCGCUCCUAUCGAUCAGUAUAUAGCGCGAAGGUCUGAGCAUGAGAAAAAUUUCAAAUAUUAAACUGUUUUAAGGUGGCUCGAUAUAGUUAUCACAGAAACUCUGCUCAAGAAUCGCGAACUCAAAACCGGGUGACCGUGAGUAGUUGCUCGCGCCAUAUCACGCCAUUGCGCGUGUUCUAUAGCGUUUUAUGUCAAUUGCUGACGUCAUUAGAAUUUUCCAUUUUAGAAAAACAAUGCGCUGUAUCUCUUUAUUUUGUCUGGUGACCUAUGUUCAAAUUUUGCAUGCUGUAUUGCACCGCUAAAAACUUUCAUUAUACAAAAAAUAAAAAAAUUCUGUAAUGUCAAAAAAAUUUUACCGAAGAAUAUGACAUUUUCGCAUUUUCAAAAAAAAAAUGGCAUUACAGAAUUUUUUUAUAUUUUGCUAAUUGCUAGCUUUUCGUCCAAGUAAAAUAAUGCACGAAAAAAAGUUGGGGGUCACCAUGCUUUUUUCCCAACUAUAUCACUAUAUGAGACGAUAGGCCAUUUUGGAGUGAAUUUCGUACACGUAUGUCGUCAUAGCAACGAACUAUUUGUUACUAAAACUAAUAUAAUUUGAAAGUAGAGUUACCAAAAUAUAUAAAAAACCCAAUAUCUGCUGAGUAAAUCCUAAAAAUGCGUAGUUUGAAUAUGUCAAAGUGUUAAACACCUGAAAUUUUGAAAACUUUAUCGAGCUACCUUAAGCUGUAAAACCAAGAGAUUUACAUAAAAAAAUUCAGAGGCGGCAGAAAUCGAGAGGUGGGCGGUGACGCUAAACAAGUAUUUUUUAUUUGUCCUUAGUUAUUUAGUUCCACAAUAUAAAUUAAACUAUUUUUCUAACAUCUGAGCAGGGUGAUGUUAAAAUGAAGAUGUCUGAUUGGACAGCCUACUUCAUGACUAAAAGACGUCAGAAGACGCUCAAUGUGAUCAGUCUAGAGUUCUCGCGGACAAGGUAUAUGGCAUGAGAGACAAAAUAAGCUAAUUCUUUUUCCUUCCAAUUCACGAUUUCAAACAACUCGCUUGCUUACAAUAUUUUCAUUAUUUGUAGUUUAUCCAAAUUGGUUCAUGGACCAAAAAUUGUUCGUGAAAUUGACUGGGUGAACCGCUUCUGGCCAGAACAUGGUGCUGAUGAUAGGUAUGUGCACACGUAAAAAUCUCACAUCUUGUAGCAAGUCUGCCAACAAGCCGUCACCAAGUUGUGUUCGCACUGCUUGUCCCAAGUUGUCAACAAAUGUUUGGACAAGCUUGUAACAACCUAGUGGAUAUUAUCAGACUUGUAGCAAGGUUGUUCCAACAAGUCUGAUACAGUCAUGAUAUAACAAUAUUGUACAAGUUGUUUAAAGUGUUCGCACUGCUUGUCCCAAGUUGUCAACAAAUGUUUGGACAAGCUUGUAACAACCUAGUGGAUAUUAUCAGACUUGUAGCAAGGUUGUUCCAACAAGUCUGAUACAGUCAUGAUAUAACAAUAUUGUACAAGUUGUUUAAACAGCUUGUAACAAGCUUGUUGAUAUUAUCAGACUUGUAGCAACGUUGUUCCAACAAGUCCGAUACAGUCAUGAUAUAACAAUAUUGUACAAGUUGUUUAAACAGCUUGUAACAAGCUUGUUGAUAUUAUCAGACUUGUAGCAAGGUUGUUCCAACAAGUCCGAUACAGUCAUGAUAUAACAAUAUUGUACAAGUUGUUUAAACAGCUUGUAACAAGCUUGUUGAUACUAUCAGACUUGUAGCAAGGUUGUUCCAACAAGUCUGAUACAGUCAUGAUAUAACAAUAUUGUACAAGUUGUUUAAACAGCUUGUAACAAGCUUGUUGUAUUAUAACCGUAUCAAACUUGUUAGAACAACCUUCAGUAACUAGUUUGAUAAUGCCAUCAAGCUUGUUACAAGUUGUUAACAGCUUGUUCCAAACUUGUUACAACAACUGGGAACAAGCAGUGCGAACACAACUUGUCGACAGCUUGUGAACAGAUUUGGAACAAUUUGUUUGCAGACCUGGAACAACUUGUGCGUUUUUAAGUGUGUAGUUAUCAACCCACGGAGUGCAAGCACUCAAUAUAAUAAAUAAUAAAGUUCAUUAUACAUAGAGAAUAAUACAUGGGUGCGCAGAAAUACCAGAUUUAUUUCGAGUGUUGAACAUGAUAUCUCACGAGUGAGCGCAGCAAACGAGUGAGAUGUCAUGUUCAACACGAGUAACAUCACAAGCAUCUUAUUCACCUGAGUACACUACACCAACACAGCAAAUAUCAUGAUUAUUAGAUUACACUGAUAUCGAAGGAACUAGACUCAGUUCCGAAAUAUCGCAUACUGGAACCGACCUGACCGCGUAGCUCAGUUGGCAGAGCAUUGGGCUGGUGUUCCAAAGGUCGUAGGUUUGAUUCCCACCGUGGCCAGGCAUAUUUUUCAAGCUCGCCCGGUGUGGAUAUACACUCAGAGUAACAUCAUGCACAAGCAUCAAAGUGUAAUAAAGUUCGUGUAAGUGUCAAAGUUCAAUUUUCCUGUUUACCGGUUGGGCAAAACCGUAUCACGUGCUCGUCCAGGAAACGUCACGUUCACUGCAUGCGUUGGUGAGGGGGCAACCGGUGCACAAUGAAACAAUUAUUGACGGGUCAAUAAUAAAACCAGAAGUGAGGCGCGAGCUGUUCGCCUCAACCAGCAAGUUUAAAGCAAAGUUCUCUCAAGAGCAUGUCUGCUAAUCAGUUUUAUUACAGUUUCGGAAUACCAGCUGAAUAGGCAAUUCCAGCUUUUAGUUGAUGCAUGCAGGGGACGAUGGGAAGUAAGGUAUCACAUUGCUGAUUAUGCUGAAAAAAUAAAAAUGGUGGCCGUGUAAACACGGAGUGAUAGCUUAUACUUGUAAAUAUUGAAAUAUUUCGGUUGUUUCGGUUGUUUUUAUUGAAAUUUUUCAGCAUAGUUUUCCCAUCAUCCACUGCAGGCAUAAACUAAAAGCUGGAAUUGUAAUACAGCGUAUUUUGUGCCAUAAAACACGCUGUUUCCCUCGCUCUCUGUAAAUAUAAGUGAUAUUAAAAAAGGGUGCGUUAGACACAUGGGUAAAUAGUCUGAUUAAUUUUAAACAAUUAGCCAUUUCCCAAAGUCCUGGAUCUAGUCGCGCGAAUCCCAUGUUGGAGAGACAAGAAAUAUGGCAGCACACAUUUAAACUAACUUCUACUCUUUCACAUAUUUGGCGUCUGUCACCGUAUAUUUCGUCCCUUCAAACGAUCCCAGAAUGCACUGUGAUCUCUUUUGGGAAAAGGGUAAUUGAGCACGAGCGCUAGCUCCUCGAUGAGUAAAAGUGUCUGGCGUUAGACAGAGUAAAAUAAUAAAGUAUGACAAUUGACGAUUCCCCUUAUUACGAUUUCGUAGCGCUUUGCAUUGUGGUUAUAGUGGUAUCACUGAUAAAGAUAGCGGCCUCGAAUGAAAAUAUUGAAUGUUUUCGCGAAUAUUUUGCUGUUGGCUAUCGCGCACCUGACCCUAGCUUUUUUUAAAAGUUCUUGCACGGGUCAGAACAAAUAAUAAGCCAUCGUCUUGAAUAUCAGUGACAGUGAUACCACUAUAACCACAAUGCAAAGCGCUACGAAAACGUAAUAAGGGGAAUCAUCAAUUUGGGGCACAAUGCAGCUCAAUGGGUCAAUUAAACUAUUAGCAGCAAAAUGAAAUAAAAUUCAUUUAGCUAGUACAUAUUUCUAUUAAUUUCUAGUCCAGCCCACCCAAAGCCGUAUGUUCAGAAGUAUUGUUUGAUGGGCGUCAAGGAUUCCUAUACUGACUUUCAUGUUGAUUUUGGUGGUUCCUCCGUAUGGUAUCAUGUCUUAUGGGUGAGUUUCGUUUACAAAUCCAGAGAUUGAGUGGACCUAUUACCUAAUGAACAAAAUUUUGAUCUAGACAAAAAUUUCAUCACAGCUUGAAAAAGCAUCACAAAAUUAGUAAUAUGCCGAGGUUUCGUUGCGAAAUGUUGUAAAAUGCGGAUAAUAUAGCCCUGCGAAGUUUGCCGUUUUUCAGUCAUUUUGUGUUACGUACGGAAAAUUGAUACCGCUUUCUGAAAAAAAG